UAAGGAGACGAAAAAACGGCACCUGCAGACACAUGGCGCGCGGAGGUUUCCCCCGGUUUGCCGACGGACUUGUUACACCACACGCGGCUGCUGUUGCUGCCUCUGCACCGAUGGACCGCGAUUAACAGAAGAAAGUGAACGUGAUUUCAGGUACGGCGGAAGGGGUCGGUAACCGGCCGUCGGUCCGUCAUCGAACCUUAGAACCGCGUUUAAAGCGCAAACGGCACGGCACUCGCGCGUUGUUCACAACUCGAUCACACUUGUCGUCGUCGUCUUCGUCUUCGUCUUCGUCGUCGUUGUCGUCGCAAAUUUGACCGUUUUUGAGAAGUCGUCGUACUCCGGGUGAUAAAAUGACGAACGAAGGAGUGGGCGAGUGGUAUAGCGGUCGUUCGGUGUUCAUCACCGGAGGUACCGGCUACAUGGGCAAAGUGCUCAUCGAAAAGCUGCUUAGAGACUGCGGCGACGUCAAGUUCAUUUAUGUACUGUGUAGACCGAAGCGAGGUUUCAGCCCGGCAGCUAGGAUAGAGCAAAUAAGGAAAUUAGCAGUGUUCGACCGUUUGCGCACCGAGUGUCCGGAAAGAUUGAAAAAAAUCAAAGCGAUGGAAGGUGAUCUGGGCCAACCUGGGCUUGGAUUGAGUGACGAAAACAAAUCGAUUCUUAUCAACGAAGUGUCAAUCGUUUUUAACGGAGCCGCGUCGUUGCGCUUGGAAUCCGGUCUGAAAGAUGCGAUAAGACAUAAUACAACUGGAACGAAACACGUAUUGGACUUGGCAGUUCAAAUGAAAAAAUUGGCGUCGUUCGUCCAUUUGUCCACGGCUUUCUGUCAUUGCGAGUAUGACACACUCGACGAAACGAUUUAUCCAUCGCCGGCCAAUCCGGAGGACGUCAUGCGCGCUGUCGAAUGGAUGGACGAUCAUACGAUUGAAAUCAUCACGCCUAGAUUGCUCGGGCCCCAUCCGAAUUGCUACACGUACUCCAAAAGGUUGGCGGAAUCGUUGGUCAGCCAAUACUCUAACCGGAUUCCAAUAUCUGUGGCCCGACCAUCGAUCGUGACGCCUGCGUUCAGAGAGCCCGUUCCCGGAUGGGUGGACAGCUUAAACGGUCCGGUAGGAGUCAUCGUGGCUGGUGGCAAAGGCGUGAUCCGGUCCGUGUUGUGCAGUCCGGAUUACGAAGCGGAAGUGGUGCCCGUAGAUAUUGCGAUCAACGCUCUGAUUUUGAUCGCUUGGAAGAGAACAAUGAUCAAUAACGAAAUGGACGAUAUGGUGCCGUGUUACAAUAUAUCCAAAGGAGACAUUGUUCACUUGACUUGGGGUGAAACUUUGGCCAAAGGAAAACGAUACGCAUAUGAGUAUCCAUUCGACGCUGGUCUGUGGUACCCUAACGGAUCGAUAAGGACCAACAAACUGGUGCAUUAUUUCAUUGUGUUCUGGCUGCAGGUCGUGCCGGCCUACUUGAUCGACGGAAUUAUGGUGUUGGCCAGGCAAAAGACAUUCAUGGUACGAGUUCAGAAGAGGAUUGCGGUCGGCAUGGAAGUGUUGCAGUACUUUACCAUGCGCAGUUGGAACUUCAAAAUCGAAAACACUAAAGCGUUAAUAAACGGUCUGAAUGAAGUGGACACGAAAAAAUUCUUCAUUCAGAACACCGAUGUUGACAUUGAAAAGUACAUGAUCCAAGUGUUAUUGGGUGCUCGUCAAUAUUGCAUGAAAGAGCCUCUUGCAACUCUGGACCGGGCGAGAUUUCAUCUCAAACUGUUAUAUUGGCUGAAUUUGGCCACACAACUGUUGUUCGGAUUUUUCCUCUUGUGGGUGUUUGUACGUGCGUUCGACUCUUUCAAGUUUUUGCUGGACUCGACUACGAGUUCGUUCACAAACGUACCGAUCAUCGGAUCGUUAAUACCGAAAUGAUGCAUCUACUCCGAACAACCAUAAUAAUAUUAUUAUUACUAUAAUAUCACUUAAUCGCAAUACUGUUAUUGCGUGUAGAUUGCACGCAUAGUAAUUCACACAUAAUUAUUAUAUUAUAUAUUCUGUAUAGAUUGUUAUUGUACACAACUUUUUUUUAUUACUGUGGAAUGGACGAUCAUAUUAUUAUAUUAUAUUUUAUAGAUUUUAUAUUAUGUUAUAAUAAUUAAAAUUAUACGCGUAUUGUGUGGCCGAUACGACAAAUCAUAGUUUACUUUUUUAGUAUUUUGAUUUUCUUCAUGUGGUUUCUUUUUUUAUUUUAGUUUAAGUAAAUAUUAUUGAAUACUCAUAUUAUAUAUUUUUUUUUAUAUAUCACUAAAAUGUAAUCGCACUGCAGUUUGAAUGCAAUUCACAAUAUGUUUCAUGGGAUUUGAAUAAUUAUUUUACUUAUUAGUAUUAAAUAUAACAAAAAUAUAUAUAAAAAAAAAAGAAUAAUUAGUUUUUAUUCAAAUUGUUUUUGUGUACCUAACUAUAUGUCCUAUACUGACCAAAAAUACUAUACAGAAUAUAAAUGUUACUGAUGUAUCGGUGUAUGUUAUAACUUAUGAGCACAAAUUGUAUACAGACGGGUUAGGUAUUUAAGUUUUUUGUAACUCAAGCUAAAUGGAGCUGUAAAAAAAUGAUUGUGAGUAUACAAAAUUAUGCGAGAAUAUCAAAUCUUUCAAACAACAAUUUUUUCUUAAUUUUAA